UCUUUUCUUUUUCUUAAUCGAGAGAUCGGUGAGAAAAGAAAAAAACUUGUUGCUUGCUUGAUUGAUUGAUUUAUAUAAAGCCAACAUUUUGCGGCUGGCGGUGUAGCGAUUGAGAUUGAUUGUGUAAACUCCUCCUCAAGCACAAACAAAAAUGAAUAUAUUUCGAUUAGCCGCGGAUAUGACCCAUCUCGCCAGCAUCCUCGUCUUGCUUCUCAAGAUCCACACCAUUAAAUCUUGUGCCGGCAUUUCGCUCAAGACUCAAGAGCUGUAUUCAAUUGUUUUCGUGGCUCGUUACUUGGACUUGUUUACUAAUUAUAUAUCUCUUUACAACACUUUGAUGAAGAUUAUAUUCUUGGCAAGCUCUUUCUCAAUUAUUUGGUACAUCAGGCGCCACAAGAUUGUGCGCAGAUCAUACGAUAAAGAACAGGAUACCUUCCACCAUUUCCUUCUAAUGAUUCCUUGUUUUCUAUUGGCCUUAUUCAUACAUGAGAAGUUCAACUUCAAAGAGGUAAUGUGGACAUUUUCCUUGUAUCUGGAAGCUGUUGCAAUACUUCCUCAGCUAGUCAUGUUGCAGAGAACAAGGAACAUUGACAACUUGACUGGUCAAUAUGUUUUUCUUCUUGGAGGAUACAGGGCAUUAUACGUUUUGAACUGGAUAUACCGAUAUUUCACUGAGCCACACUAUGUUCAUUGGAUAGUUUGGAUAUCUGGGCUUGUUCAGACAUUGCUUUAUGCUGAUUUCUUCUACUACUAUUUCCAAAGUUGGAAGAACAACUCAAAGCUGGAAUUACCUGCUUAAGCUUAUUUGAUUCAUAUGUAAGCAGUCCCAAGGACAUCAAAAAAUUCCAAGGCAGCGUCUAGACUUAUAGAUGCAUUUUCCUUUUGGGACGGACAUGUUUUAUUUUUAUUUUAUUUUUGUUGUUGUUUUGGUAACAUGUGUUUUGCAUUUUAGCACAGCAUCAACCUAUAAUAGACUAUAAUAGCAAGAGACAGUGUAUUUGCUUAGAUAUGAAGAAGAUAUAUUAUCCUAUAAUACUGUUGAUACCAAAUUCAUAAUUUUCUGUA